GAGCGUGCAUGGCACAUUAAAACUGGACUCAACCAUUCACGAUGAAAACAAGACACCUCAGAGUUACUGUGGCUACAGAUAGCGGAGCUCAAGUAUCUGUGGUUGAACCGCUGUCGAAAAGCCACAAUCAAGUACGAGUUAGCCUGGAUAAUUAAGACAAAAUCAUUGCCUUCAACAGUAACACAAAAGACCGAAGAACGGGGUUUGACCAGGACCAAAACCAGCGUCACAUUUAAGGAUACUGAUAUUUCUCCACUGUCAGCUGUAGAGGAUUUUUUUUUUCUAGCGAUGGAGUUUCCAGAUUUAGGAGAGCACUGCUCAGAGAAGACCUGCAAAUGUUUAGAUUUUCUUCCUAUGAGAUGUGACGCCUGUCAAGAGAUUUUCUGCAAGGACCACAUAACCUAUGCAAGUCACAAGUGCACAUCAUCUUACAGAAAGGAUGUUCAGGUUCCAGUGUGCCCUUUGUGCAACACACCCAUUCCCAUCAAAAGAGGAGAAAUGCCCGACAUUAAAGUUGGUGAACACAUUGAUCGCGACUGCAAAUCAGACCCUGCACAAAGAAAGAGAAAGAUUUUUACAAAUAAAUGUUCUAAGGGAGGCUGUAAGCAGAAGGAAAUGAUACGAGUGACCUGUGACCAGUGCCAUUUAAAUUACUGUCUUAAACACCGGCACCCAUUAGACCAUGAUUGUAAGACUGAUGGAAAGCCCCUGUCCAAAUCUGGACAUGCUGCUGUAAUGAGGGCACAAGGCGCUGCUUCCUCCUCCUCAGCUUCUGGUUCUAGGUCCUCUGCUACAGGCAACUCUAGACCUCUUUCUAAUGGUGUGAGUGCAAAUAACAUAGGCCACAACAGUGGUUCUACCCCACGGAUUCCUACUUCAGUUUCAGCACAGCAUGUAAUGCCACCCUCGGCAUCAUUUCAUGCCGGCAUGACAGAGGAGCAGGCUUUACAGAGGGCUCUGGAGAUGUCUUUGGCUGAUUCAAGGCAGCCAGUCCAGCCAGCCCUUAGGAGCAGGAGGAUCUGGCUCUCGCUCAGGCUCUCGCUGCCAGUGAAGAAGAGUACAGACGCCAGCAGCAGAGACAACAGGUACCUGGAAAGCUUAGCCGUCAGUAGCAUGCUAACAGGAACACAUGGGAGAGAGCCCAAACAGUCCAGCUGUAGCCUUUCGUAAUCUUGGACCAUUUAGACUUCAAGAUGUGCUGAUGAUCUACUAGAAACUACACAUCAGGAUCAAUGAUUGCUAUAUGAAGAAAAACUCUUUGCUGAAAUUUUACCACCUUUUAACAUUAUAUACUUCCCCAGCAGGAUCUGUCAUUUUUAGUAAUGAUUGCCUCUGUACAUAUUUUAUAUGUUGAUCAUCAUUAAUCCAUUAUAUUACCAUAUAUGAAUAUUAAAUAAAUUAUUUCAAUGAUGUAC